GGUCAUGAGAUGUGGACUGCUAUGAUGGAAGUCCCUGAUUUUUUCCACGCUUUCUGAUAUGGUCUCGACUGGGGUUUUCUAGUUAUUGUCUGUUUUCAGAUAUUUCUGCAUAAAUUGGUGCUUGUGAUUAUUCACAUUACCGAUUUCUUCUCAGAUUUUUUCUUGUUCUUCUUGCACCCCAUUGAUAUUCUCAGAGCGCUCUCUCUCUCUCUCUCUCUCUAAUUGGACUGUGAUUGAAGGGGUGAACAACAUGGCGGCAACAUCUGCGUCUAUCUUCAUUCCCACAACAAAUUCACUCUCGGCUGCAAGAGCGGUCUCUAGCAGGAAAGAAGCGCCAUCAAGCUCAACCACUCUUGUUAGCGGUUUUCUUGGUGCUUCGAUGAAAAGGAAUUUAGAGAAGUGUAAAGUUGUCAAGGUAGACACCAAAGUCAGGGCCGCUGCAACUGUCUCCACGUCUCUGAUUGAAGAAGUUAAAGAGUACGCACUUCCCUCAUGGGCGAAGUUUGAACUUGGGAGGUCUCCAGUAUACUGGAAGACAAUGAAUGGUCUUCCUCCUGCAUCGGGAGAGAAGCUGAAGCUUUUCUAUAAUCCAACCGCCACGAAGUUUGCCCCAAGUGAAGAAUUUGGGAUUGCUUUUAAUGGAGGUUUCAAUCAGCCUAUAAUGUGUGGUGGCGAGCCAAGGGCAAUGCUGAGAAAAGAUCGAGGCAAAGCUGAUUCUCCAAUUUACACCAUCCAGAUCUGCGUUCCCAAGCACGCGAUGAACUUGAUCUUCUCAUUCACAAACGGAGUCGACUGGGACGGUCCUUACAGACUGCAGUUUCAAGUUCCCAAGGGUUGGAGAAACAAACCGAUCGACUUCUUUAAUGAGGGCCUUGCGAAGGAAUUGGGCAAAGAAGGCGCGUGUGAAAAGGCCAUCUUUCCGGACACAAACAUUGUAAUCACGAGAUGCACUAUGAUCGGCAACUUGUCUGUUGAAGGGGGCGAUCGCUGCAAUCUUGAUCUGGUACCUGGAUGCAUGGAUCCUGCCUCCGAGCUAUACAAUCCACUUGCCAAUGUCGAUGACGGGUCAUGCCUGCUAUAUCCUGAUUCCGGAAGCGAGAACUAAGCACCGUACACCGCACAUUAUCUCUGUAUAUUCUGAAAGAGCGUCCAAAACGACAGCAGCUGCAAUGCCGUAAAUUUCUUCCUCUCGAAAUAGAGUGAAUGCGAUUUGCUGCAUCCCCUCUUGCAUCAGGUGCAACCGCAGCAUGUUGUGAACCUGGGUCGGCCCUGAUUGUUCUAUUCUUAAACUAGGGAAGGUGCCUAUGAAUUGAGUAAAUAUUGAAGUGUUUACUGAA